CACCUAUUUUGUCAGACGGUGAAAUUGAUGAGGAAUUGACUAUCACAGAUUCGAAUUAUCAAGUGAGCGACAACGAAAACGAAAAUAAUGUUGAAAAGGAUGCAACUGCAAGGUCUAUUACAGAAGAAGUGCAAAGUUGGGAAAAUCUAAUUAAUGAAUGGAUCAAGUUUGGAAAUCGUAAAAACCAAUUUGAAGAUCGGGACGAUGAAAUUUUGAUGACAAGUGAUUGGGAUACAGAAUUCGAAGCCAAAUGGUCUUUAGAUUCGCUUUUUAUUUCUUCUUUAGAAACACCUUUGUAUUUCGGUUCAGAAUUCACUUCCAAUGAAUAA